GACGUUUCGUGGUUUGUUUAGGUGGCAAGUUGUCGAGCUUUAAAAUCAUCUGCGAAACUAGCAGAGAAAAACAUAAUAAACGCGCAUAAUAACAUGGGUUCAAAGAAGAAAAAUAAUCCAGGCAGUUCUCAUGCUGAAAAAUCUCCCAAACAGAGCCAGUCAAAUGAACAGCAGAAGAAUGGCACGAAGCACCGCAAACAGUCUCCGAACUCGAGCUCACCGGGAUCAAAACAGUCAGAGAAGUCUAAAUGUCGCACCAACACAUCGGGAACGAAGCCGUCGGAGAAGACCAAAUCUCGUAGCAGCUCAUCGGGAAAGUGGAUCCUGUUUGUCGUGUUAAGUUCUUUGGUGGCAGGAGGUGCCGUGUUGUACACAAGUCCUGAAGCUCAAAAACUAAUCGAUGAUCUGAUGUUGAAAUAUUUCCAUCCAGAUAUUCUAAGUGCCGUUCAUAGUUUCAUAGAGACAACAAAAAGUGCCAUUCCAUCCAAAACUAGCACAGAAACUGAUUCUAGUGCAAAAACACAGACCGCAGAUAAAGGAGGAAAAUCAAACAGGGAAGAAAACGUGGACAGAAGUGAAAAAAUUCCAAAAUCGAGCACAGAACAGACUCAACCAAAGCAGAAAGAAAAAGAACCUGAGAAGAAAACCGGACAGAAACCAGAAUCUAAGACAAAACCAAGCGAUAAAUCUGUUACAGAACAGACUGAAUCAAAGCAUACAGAGAAAACAGAUUCUAGAGAGACAAAGCCACAACAUAAAGAGAAGAAACCUAUGAAAGAGCAGACACAAUCUGAGCAGAAAGAUAAACAGGAAGGUUCUGUAUCAGAGAAGAAAACUGCUCAGGAACAAAAGCAGAGUAAGGCCAAACCAGAUGAUAAAUUAGCCGGAGAAGAUAAAAAAUCUAAAGAAAUACAUGAUACAAAAGCUAGUCAUAAACCAGAAACGCCAGAACCUAAGACUAAACCAGAUGAUAAAUUGAAACAAGAGGAUGAAAAAUCAAAAGGUGUGCCUCAGUCUAAAACUGAUAAAAAACCUGAUAUUAAGACUAAAUCAAAUGAUGAAUUGAAGCAAGAAGAUAAAAAAUCAAAAGAUGUGCCUCCUACAAAAACUGAUAAAAAAUCAGAAAUUAAGACUAAACCUACUGAUAAUUUAAAGCAAGAAGAUAAAAAAUCAAAAGAUGUGCCUCCUACAAAAACUGACCAAAAGCCAGAAAUUAAAAAAUCGGAUGUGAAAUCAAAACAAGAUGAUAAAAAAUUAAAAGCUGAAAGUGAUCCGAAAACAAAUCAAAAACCAAAAACUGAGGCCAAAUCUGAUGAUAAAUUAAAACCAGAUAAUAAAGAAAUGCCUGAAACUAAAAUCAGCAAAAAACCUGAGAAACCAGAAACUAAGGCCAAACCAGAUGAUAAAUUAAAACCAGAUAAUAAAGAAAUGCCUGAAACUAAAACCAGCAAAAAACCAGAAACUAAGGCCAAACCAGAUGAUAAAUUAAAACCAGAUGAUAAAGAAAUGCCUGAAACUAAAACCAGCAAAAAACCUGAGAAACCAGAAACUACGGCCAAACCAGAUGAUAAAUUAAAACCAGAUAAUAAAGAAAUGCCUGAAACUAAAACCAGCAAAAAACCAGAAACUAAGGCCAAACCAGAUGAUAAAUUAAAACCAGAUGAUAAAGAAAUGCCUGAAACUAAAACCAGCAAAAACCCUGAAAAAACAGAAACUACGGCCAAACCAGAUGAUAAAUCAAGGCAAGAGCAUCAAAAAUCAAAAGAAGUGCCUGAUAACAAAACCGGUGAACAACGAAAAACUAAAAACAAACUAGAUGAUAAAGAACAAAAAAGAGAAUCUGUAAAAAAACAAGAUGGCCGCCAACCUGAUUCACAACCUGAACAAGUUGAUUCUGACAAGACUGCAGAUUCGCAGGAAAAGGAAAAGCAGAAAAAGAAAACUAGUGUUGAUAAAUCUGAUAAGAAAUCUUCCAAAACACAGUCAAAAGCUACGUACGCCAAAGCAAGCAUCACGAACAGUGCGGACAAUGUGAUCAGAAAGUUGUUGGAUGAAGCAGAUAGUACAUUUGAACAGAAACAAUAUGAAACUGCUUUAGAAAAGUUUGAGGACAUUCUGAAGAAGUAUCCAAAAAGUCCACGGGCAUUGUAUGGAAAAGCCUUGACCUUGAACGAACUGGCCGAGCAGUUCCGCAGCAAUGAAAUUCUCGAAAAAGGCAUCAAUAUUUUGACGGACUUUCUCGAUGUCAGCGAUGUGCCGGACGAGCUCUAUAAAAUGGCUGGACGGAAACUUUCAGAAAGACAGCAGUUCAGAGGAUGGGGUGGCAAGGCUUCGAAGACCCUGCUGAAACUUACCCAGAGGUUUCCUGGCGACAUCCAGCUGAAGAACGACCUCGGUGUCAGCUAUCUGAUGAUAGGACGCAAUGAUCCGGCACAGGCAAUAUUUGAGGAUGUUCUGAAAAUCGACCCGUCAAAUGGCUUUGCCAUGGUUCACCUCGGCUUUAUCGUGAAGACCAUCAAAGAUGACCUUGACACUGGAAUCCAGCUGUUGGCUGAUGGGAUAGCGACAAACCAGCCCGGCACUGCUGAUGGCCGGUUCUACUUCCACCUGGGCGACGCUCUACAGAGAAAGAACCGCACUGAAGAAGCGUACAGAUAUUACCGAGAUGGGGCAGCGAAGAAGAUUUUCCUGUCCGAGUACCAGCGGUCACUGUACAAUGUCAACUACUUGACCGGCCGGCCAUGGUGGACGAAUGACCAGACAGGGUAUAAUAAAUAUAUAAAGUUACUGGAGGACAACUGGGAGAUAAUUCGAGACGAGGGUUUAGCACAGCUCGACGCUACGACAGGAGCUUUCCUACCGGAAGAUGAAAAUCUGCGUGAAAAGGGCACAUGGAAACAGUUUACGCUGUACUCACAAGGUCGUAGGAACCACAAAGCAUGUGAGAAGGCACCAAAGACAUGCGCGCUGAUAGACCAGAUUCCAGACGCUAAAAGCUGCACCAGAGGCCAGACUAAAUUCUCCGUGAUGAAACCCGGUGUGCAUGUCUGGCCUCAUUGUGGUCCGACCAACUGUCGAAUACGAGCCCAUCUUGGUCUAGUUAUACCUCCAGGACCAAAGAUACGGGUCACCAACGAUACAAGGGAAUGGAAAGAAGGAAAAGUAAUCAUCUUUGAUGAUUCAUUUGAGCAUGAAGUGUGGCAUGAUGGGAAUGAGACUAGACUGGUCCUCAUAGUGGAUUUCUGGCACCCGGAAUUGACAGCAGAUUUGAAACGGACUUUGACACCUAUUUAAGUUGCAGGAUCAACUGUUUCUUCUUCUUCUGUUUUUUAUAGACCAUUUUAAUAGUGUUUUGCUACAGUCAUAAUUUAGUUGUAAAUUGUAUUUUCAGUAUUUUGGCACGGUCAUAAUUAAAUUACAGAUUUUAUUUCCAGCAUUUUGACCAUAUUUUAAUAGUGAAAUUUUGCUACAAUCAUAAUUGAAUUGUAAAUUGUAUUUUCAGUAUUGUUUUGGCACAGUCAUAAUUGAAUUGCAUAUUCUAUUUCCAGCAUUUUAUUUCUAACAUAUAUUGGCAGUCGUAAAUGACUUACUGAUAACGUUGCUAAUAUAAUGGUAUAAUCAUGAAUUACAAAUUGCGUUUGUAAUAUUUUUUGACAUAGCUGUCACUGAUAUUUUGGGACAGUCAUACUUGACUGAUAGAUUCUAGUUCCAGCAGCUUGAAAGUUAAAUUACUUCAAUUACAAAUUCUCUUCAUAAGACUCGUUUUUUCAUUAACGUGAUUCUGCGCUUGUUUUAUCGUCUGCGUUUCCACGCGUGAAAAUGUGCUUUUCCAUAUAUGCGUUUUCGCAAGCGGAUUACUAUACAAAAUUUAACGUUUGUCAAGAGUACUUUAAGCCAAAAUUAAAUGCUUAACAUGACGAAAAACUUGCACGUGGAAAAAUCGCUCAUUGAUAAAUGUUUUUUCAGCAUACUGAAUAAUCACGUUAAUGGUAAGCGAGUUAUUGUAACAGUUCGAUUCAUGAUCUGGUUCAGGGAUGCAUGACAUCAUAAUCAUCUACAUUAUGUACAUAGCUCACUCCCAUUGUUAUGUUUGUGAUUGUUUUUUAUUUUACAAUUUGAUUAAGACUUAAAGAAGAAAAAGAAAAAAAGGUUUAUAGUACGUGGUUUUUUUGCCAUGUAAUUUAACAGCCCUCUGUAUUGUGUCCGAUUUGGAAAAUUGUUUUUUAAUUGGCAACUAAAACAUUUCAUUCUAUCUAUAUAAAAAAACAGAAGUAGGCGCCAUCUGGCUUCUGGAUGGAAAAGUUAACGUAGAUGGAUGUUUAACAUAGAAAAAUCAUGGUUUUAAUUUCUGAAAAACAAAGACAAUCGAAAAAAAAAAGACUGAUGACAUUCCAUCACAGGAUUUUUAUUUUAUUUUAUCUUUUUUUUUAAUGAAGUAUUUCAUUUUAAAAUAUGUUUGAUGUAAAAUACAAUGUCACGAUAAUGUAGAAUACAGACACCCUUGUAAUUUGUGAAUAUUAUUUUGCUUGAAUGUGAAAUCCCAUUCUCUACUAGUUUGAGAUAUCGGCCUUCGUUAACAAAACUUUUAAAAUCCAGACUUUAAUCAAGUUUACACCCAACAGCUGAUGGGUUUUUUUUGUGUGUGUUUUUUUGUGCUGUGGUGUUGUUAAACAUUAAUUUAUUCAUUCAUUGAUUAAAGUUUAAACAGUUGUAUGCAAUUUGUAUGUUCUUACCAUGGCGAUAAAAUGUCAAACUUUGUUGAAUUUAAGUCCAAUCCUUUUGUUGUUUAUGCAAUUUAUAUAAAAUUAUUCUAAACAUGGGACUUAAUCUUCAAUAAUUUAGAAUACUGUCUUCCAAUAACUUGGAAUAGUCUCAAUACUUUGGCAUAAAGCCCCAUCCCGUCUCCAUUCUAAAUAACAAAUAAAGGCAUACAUACAUACAUACAUAAAGACGUACAUAAAAUACACAUACAUGUACACAAACAUACAUGCAUGUGUGCACACAAACACACACGUGUACAUGCACAUUCG